GCGGGUGCCGCGGCGGCGGCGGCAGCGGCGGCGGCGGCGGUCUAGGCUGUGGCCGGGGGAAGUGAAUGGUUUUACCCAGAGGGCCCUGCGCCGCCUUUCUCCGCUGGCACCGCCGCCGCUCCCUGCUCCUCCUCCCCGGCCAUGGCGUUCACGUUCGCGGCCUUCUGCUACAUGCUGGCGCUGCUGCUCACCGCCGCACUCAUCUUCUUCGCCAUCUGGCACAUUAUAGCAUUUGAUGAGCUGAAGACUGAUUACAAGAAUCCUAUAGACCAGUGUAAUACCCUGAAUCCUCUUGUACUUCCAGAGUACCUCAUCCAUGCUUUCUUCUGUGUCAUGUUUCUUUGUGCAGCAGAGUGGCUUACCCUGGGUCUCAAUAUGCCCCUCUUGGCAUAUCAUAUUUGGAGGUAUAUGAGUAGACCAGUGAUGAGUGGACCAGGACUCUAUGACCCUACAACCAUCAUGAAUGCUGAUAUUCUAGCAUACUGUCAGAAAGAAGGAUGGUGCAAAUUAGCUUUUUAUCUUCUAGCCUUUUUUUACUACUUAUACGGCAUGAUCUAUGUCUUGGUGAGCUCUUAGAACAACACACAGAAGAAGUGGUCCAGUUAAAAUGCAUGCAAAAAGCCACCAAACGAAGGGAUUCUAUCCAGCAAGAUCCUGUUUCCAAGAGUAGCCUAUGGAAUCUGAUCAGUUACAUUAAAAAAUGACUCCUUAUUUUUUAAAUGUUUCCACAUUUUUUGCUUGUGGAAAGACUGUUUUAAUAUGUUAUACUCGGAUAAAGAAUUUAAAUGAAUUACGUAUAAAUUAUAGUAAAGUGAUUACCUCUGGUGUUGACAGGUUGGAACUUGCACUCCUUAAGGAACAGCCAUGAUCCCUUGAAUGAUUGCAUUAAUUAUUGUCCUUAGUCCAUUGGAAGCUUUUGUUUAUAGGAACUUGUUUUGGUUUUAAUGAAAUGCCAUCUAAUUACAAAUAGCUGUAGAUGACCAGGUGCUUCUGAUGAACUGAAAACAUAUAUCUGAUCUGUGGGAAACUUCAUGGGUUUCCUCAUCUAUCAUGUAGAUGAUUAUAUAAGGAUACAUUAAAAAAAUAAGAAGAGUGGGAUUUUUCCCCUUUAACUUGAAUAUUAUCCCUGUAUAUUGCAUGAAUGAGAGAUUUCCCAUAUUUCCAUCACAGUAAUAUACUUGCUUUAAUUCUUAAGCAUAAGUGAAUAUGAUAUAAAAACAUAUGCUGAAUUACUUAUGAAGAAUGCAUUUAAAGCUAUUUUAAAUGUGUUUUAAUUUGUAAGACAUUACUUAUUAAGAAAUUGGUUAUUAUACUUACUGUCCUAAUCUGGUGGUAAAGGUAGUCUUAAGAGUUUGCAAGUACUUCAGAUUUACAAAACGGUAUGAAAGAGAAUACUGUAUAACCGCCCUGCUGUUCCUUUAGUGCAAUACAAUAAAAUUCUGAAAUUAAGACUUUCA